AUGUAUACUUUGGGAAUAGGGUUACACCACGCCUCCAUGUGCUAUGUGCCAACUUCUUGUUCAUACCAGUCCCCCAUCAGCUUACAAGUGACGCUCCACUCAUUACUAGCCAUACAUAUUGAACCGCCACUUGUUCUCAGAGAUCUGUUACGUGAAUGUCAGCUUCAGAUCGAGAGAAUAAUGGCUUCACAUAUCCCUGACAUGAAGACCGAAAACUCUGAGAACUAUCCACAAAAAAAUGAUUGAUUCAAGAAAUGGUUUGCCUUUAAUUACUAUGAGAAGGGGUAUUGACUGAUAGACUGAUAGCAAAGUCUCAACUAAACCCACACAACAUUACAACACCGCUGUAUAUAAGAUAUGAUAUUCAUUGCCCUAUUGUUGUUGAAUAUGUUGUAUAUAUUGCUCUAAUGAGGGCUUCAACUCUAUAAU